GCUUGUUGAUCGCAGCCAAUGGCUGCGGCGGGAGAGGCAUGAGCAGCGGAAACUCCGGGUUCGGUUCAAGAAAGAUGACACAGAGCCUGCCGGGCCCGCGCACUCUUGGCAAAGUUUCAGUGCGGCGAGAGGCGCCGGGCGCUCCAUGGCCGCGGCGUGACGGGGCCCCAGCAGCCGCCUCCCCGCCCGGCCCCGCGCAGCCCCGCCGCCCGCCCGGGAUGGAGGCGCCCGCCGGCGCGCAGACCCCGCACCCACACGAGCCCAUCAGCUUCGGCAUCGACCAGAUCCUCAACGGCCCGGACCAGGACAGCGCGCCGGCCCCGCGGGGCCCCGACGGCGCCGGCUACCUGGGCGCGCCCCCCGGGGGCCGGCCCGGCGCCGCGUACCCCUCGCUGCCCGCUUCCUUCGCGGGCCUCGGCGCACCCUUCGAGGACGCGGGCUCCUACAGCGUCAACCUGAGCCUGGCGCCCGCCGGCGUGAUCCGGGUGCCGGCGCACAGGCCGCUGCCCGGCGCCGUGCCGCCGCCCCUGCCCAGCGCGCUGCCCGCCAUGCCCUCCGUGCCCGCCGUCUCCAGCCUGGGCGGCCUCAACUUCCCGUGGAUGGAGAGCAGCCGCCGCUUCGUGAAGGACCGCUUCACAGCCGCGGCGGCGCUCACGCCCUUCACGGUGACCCGGCGCAUCGGCCACCCCUACCAGAACCGCACGCCGCCCAAGCGCAAGAAGCCGCGCACGUCCUUCUCGCGCGUGCAGAUCUGCGAGCUGGAGAAGCGCUUCCACCGCCAGAAGUACCUGGCCUCGGCCGAGAGGGCGGCGCUCGCCAAGUCCCUCAAGAUGACGGACGCGCAGGUCAAGACCUGGUUCCAGAACCGGAGGACCAAGUGGCGGCGGCAGACGGCGGAGGAGCGGGAGGCGGAGCGGCAGCAGGCCAGCCGGCUCAUGCUGCAGCUGCAGCACGACGCCUUCCAAAAGAGCCUCAGCGACUCCAUCCAGCCCGACCCGCUGUGUCUGCACAACUCGUCGCUGUUCGCGCUGCAGAACCUGCAGCCCUGGGAGGAGGACGGCGCCAAGGUGCCCGCCGUCACCUCGCUGGUGUGAGCGCCCCGCGCGCACCUCGCCAAGCAUCGCCACCCCCACGCAGUGGGGCGCCUGGGCCCCAGCCGGGCUGGGGGGAGCCGGGCCGAGACCGGACGGGAAGGGGCCGCCGAGCUCGAGGAGGAGGCCCCGGGGCGCAGCCGCCGCCUGCCGCCGCGGAGGGGGCCGGGCCCGGGCUCCGCGCGGCCGCACAAUCCGCCCCCGCCCCGCGCCCCGUCCCCCGGGCCGGGCUGACAAAGAAAGCGCCUUACGUUCCUCCGCCCCAGCCGCACCCCGGGCCGGGCGCCUGUAUUAUACUUUGUACUUUUGCCCAAACGUGUACAUAAUAAAAGUUUCCGCUUUUUUUUUUUUUUUUUUUUUUUUUUGAAGCCGGCGGGGCCGCUGGAGGAGGGGCGGCCGCCGGGUGGUGGGGGAAGCGCCAGGGCCUGGGGUAGCCCUGCGCUCAGGCAGGGUCCGCUCCUCUCCGUCCUUUUAUUUAAGUCGUUUAUUUAAUAAAAGAAAGUUAGCUAUUUCA